AUGCAGCAGCAUAUUUCAGCAAACUCGAAUGAGCAUCAGUUACCGGUUUCAUCUUCUGCUAUCGCCCCCUCCAUUAACAAUUUCCCGGACGCUUUAUAUAAAGCUAAUUAUAUAGAGUCUUUAGACGGGGGGACUCACAGGCAAACUAUUCAGAAAUACGCUCCCGGAAUAACAAGAGCUGGGGAAGAUGUUGUGGUUGAAGCUGAAGCAGACGAAGAUGUUGCUAAACUAGUUCAUCCGAGCUCCUCAUGGUCUUCGGAGGUGGCUGACCUAAUGCCUCGCCCAAUUUCUAUCCAUAACUCUUCCUCAGCCUCUGAGCGUCGACUUAGAAUGCAUUCAAAGUCGUUCCGGUUAGUCUCACUUUUCCCCACUUAA